AUGGCGACGCUCGCGCAUGUCCUGUGUGUCGCCUUCUUCGCCGCAUUCUCCAUGGCCUUGUUCUGCAGCCGGGGGCUCGUGACCCCGUCCACAUGCUGCUCCGAGGGUGGGUACACCUGGUGCGAGGCGCAGAGAGACUUGCGGGCGGUGUGCAGCUUCAUGUUGGGGGCGCUCGUCUGCUGUGCGGUGGACGUGUCUGGUCUCAGGAGACCGCCCGUGGCCCCUCGCAGGAGGGAGCCGAGGUCUGAUACGCGGUGGGAACACACGAAGUUGUGGCAGAGGAGAAAAGGGCUGGGUCAGAAGGAUCAGGACUUUUUUCGGGGCCAGAGUCUACAGUACUCUUGUGCUCCAUGGUUGACUGAGAUUGGUGCUUCGCCUUGA